GCCGUGUCCCCCCGCUGCCUUCACGCUUCGCUCGUGUGUCGCCAAGCGCGUUUCUAUGAACAGCCCGUAAACAACAUGGCGGCUGUGCCGGCUCCUUGUCCAACUCUUGGGCUGUAGGCGGCUGUGAGGGACGCGGGCAGCUGCGGCCGCCUGGAGCGCUGAGGGCAGUGGGCAGGGUUCCGAGAGCGGGGAGCGCGACAGGUCUGGCCGCUGGGCCCAGUGAGGGCGGCAGGGCCGCGCUCCCCCCACAGAGCCGUGCGGGGUGGAGGAGGAAGAAGAAGACGGGGAGGAAGAAAAGGAGAAAGAGAAAUUGCCUCCUAUCCUGACUGCAUCUAAUACUGCUGGUGGGGAAUGUGAGACGUGCUGUUGGAUACGAACUCAGUUGCAUGCAAAAAAGAAAUACAAAGGGAUUGGAGAGAGGAACCAAAAGCCAAUUUUCUACUUUUAGCAGUUUUAUUUCCACUAUCAACCAAAAGAAAGAAGCAGCCGGAAGCAGCAGCUCACCUACACAACUUGUUAUACCCAACAUCAAAAAUGUGAGAGAUCUACCACCAAUUUGCCUUGAUGUUAGGCAAAAGCAGCGCAUCUCUAUAGAUACACUACCAUCGGAACUGAAAGCUCCAGUCCCACCAGAACCUUCCCUUCCCAUCCGAACCAAAACUAUGAAAGACUUCCAGGAGGAUAUGGAAAAAGCUAAGUCAUCAGGAGAUUGGAAAGCUGUACAUGAUUUUUAUUUAACAACAUUUGAUUCUUUCCUGGAGCUAAAUGCUGCUUUUAAGAAAGAUGUCAGUCUCCCUUUCAGUACCAUUGAAGACUCUGGAAUCAAUGCUAAAUUUGUGAAUGCUGUCUAUGAUGCCUUACUAAAUACUCCUCAAGAUAUUCAGAAGUCUGUCCUAAAAGGAAUAAUUAAUGGUCUGUUACAGGAGUGGAAAGGGCCACGAACAAAAGAUGAUCUUAGAGCAUACUGUAUACUUUUACAGAAUCCUCAGUUUAGUAACACAUCUACUUAUGUCAUCUAUGCUCACUUGCUAAGACAGAUAGCAACCUUGGCAGAAGCUGACCAUCAUUUCCUAGCUCACUGGUUUAAAAAGAUUUCGCAGAGGAGGUUUAAGCAGUUAGUAGACAGGGUGCUGCAAUUUAUUUCUUUACGUCUGUUCCCUGCAAAACCUGAAGAAUUCCCACCCAUGAUAAAAUGUACUUGGUGGAUUCCAUCAGCAACCAAAGUCUUAUCUUUAUUCAGUGCUGCAAAUAGCCUGGCUAAUCCUGCUAUUAUUUCAUAUACGGAUUUUUAUAAUUCUACGUUGGAUCAUAUUGAUCUCAUGGAAGAGUAUCAUAACUGGCAGUGUUAUGGAAACUCUCACAGGUUUUCUUUCUGUCAGUAUCCAUUCAUUAUUUCUAUAGCAGCAAAAAAAGUUAUUAUUCAAAGGGACUCAGAACAACAGAUGAUAAGCAUGGCACGGCAAAGCCUAGUGGACAAAGUCUCUCGCAGGCAGAGACCUGACAUGAAUAUGUUGUUCCUGAACUUGAAAGUGAGAAGGAUGCACCUUGUUAGCGAUUCACUUGAUGAGCUGACACGGAAGAGGGCAGAUUUGAAAAAAAAGUUGAAAGUUACAUUUGUAGGGGAGGCUGGUCUUGAUAUGGGUGGCUUGACAAAAGAAUGGUUUCUUCUCCUUAUUCGCCAGAUUUUUCACCCGGACUAUGGUAUGUUUACAUAUCACAAGGAUUCACACUGCCACUGGUUUAGCAUCUAUAAAUGUGAUGAUUACUCUGAAUUCCGAUUGGUUGGAGCUCUUAUGGGACUUGCCGUGUAUAACAGUAUCACCUUGGAUAUUCGCUUCCCACCUUGCUGUUACAAGAAACUUUUGAGUCCUCCCAUUGUUCCCUGUGAUCAGAACUCACCUGUAGGCAUCAGUAGUGUUUCAUUAGAUGACCUGUGUCAUAUUAUGCCAGAGUUGGCCCAUGGACUAAGUGAGCUUCUAUCCUAUGAAGACAACGUUGAAGAAGACUUUUAUUCAACCUUCCAGGUUUUUCAAGAAGAAUUUGGAGUCAUAAAAUCUUAUAACCUAAAGCCUGGUGGUGAUAAAAUUCCAGUUACGGCUCAGAAUCGGAAAGAAUACGUGCAGCUUUAUGUUGACUUCAUUCUCAACAAAUCAAUCUACAAACAGUUUGCAGCUUUUUAUUAUGGAUUCCAUAGUGUCUGUGAUUCAUAUGCAUUGAUGCUACUUCGUCCAGAGGAAGUUGAAAUUCUUGUUUGUGGAAGCCCUGAACUGGAUAUGUAUGCUCUACAGAGAAACACCCAGUAUGACGGCUACCUGAAAACCGAUCUCACUAUACGAUACUUUUGGGAGGUAGUACUUGGAUUUCCUCUUGAUCUCCAAAAGAAGCUACUGCAUUUUACUACAGGAAGUGACAGAGUACCUGUGGGAGGGAUGGCUGAUUUGAAUUUCAAGAUUUCAAAGAGUGAAACAUCCACUAACUGGUUGCCUGUGGCCCACACCUGCUUCAACCAGCUUUGCCUCCCACCUUACAAGAGCAAAAAAGAACUGAAGCAGAAGCUGAUCAUUGGAAUUUCAAAUGCAGAAGGUUUUGGUCUAGAAUAAGAUGAAAGAUUUAAAAUACAGGAUUUUUUAUGUAGCACUCACUUUCCUCUUAUUGUGCCUUUAAGCUUUUCAUGUUUCUGUCUCUUGAUACUGUGCCAGUCUUAUCCAAUUGAAAACAUGAUUUUUUUAAUUAAAUGCAAAGUGCAUUUGUUUUUGCUGUAUGGCAAUACAUUUACUGCUUGUUUUUUCAGAAAGUAAUUUUAAUAAAAUACAGAAUGCUGCAUUACUUGACAGAAGAAAGCUGACAGAGGUGACAAAUUCCAGGUUACAGUUUUGUCUCUGAUUAUUCUUGGAGCACUUUAUAAUUAAUCAUAAUAUGCAUCAUGAUGCAUAUUCCACUGGGAAAGGAAACACAAAAGGUUUCUUGAUUAGGUAAGCCAAGUGGCAGAAUGUCUUUAAUUAAUACAUGCAGUAGCAAAGCAUAUAACUGCCAUUCAUGUGAGACAUGGGGCCAUAUUUUCAUAUUGAGACAUAAAGCAAUUUUAGCCUAGGUAAAAUGUAUACAGUUUUAAUGUUCUGGCUUUCGUUAUCAAAUAAUUAAGCAGGAUAUUUAAAAAGCAUGUAAAUAACUGCCUGUGGAAAAAUAGGAUUUUGAUAGUGCCAUUAAUUGCUAAAGAUUUAUUUUUACAAAUACACAGUUUUAGAUGUUAUAUAUUCAGCUUUUACAGAUCAACAGAAUUGAUUUGUACAGGAUUGUUAAAAGUACUAUUUUCAGUAUAACUGGACUCAAGGACAAACUUUAAGUAUUAAACAACCUGCAUGUUAAUUUUAUGAAGUUGGCAGCAAACUAGUCAGUUUGCCUGUAGAUAUUGUAGUUUUGUAACCAUGGCUUACUUAAAGAAACUGGAUGUUGACAGGUAAAUUCUAAAUCUCUUUGAAUCACUUCAGACAUAAGUGAUAUCCACAUCACAUGGAAAAAUAUUAAAAUUUUAACUUGUGCAUUAUACUGUCAUUUGAUCAACAACUUUAUGAUAGAAAUCUUUUUCUAAAAGUUUAUUAGAGUAAGCUAUGACAAAAGUGAAUACAAGAACAUAUCAAAAUGCUGUAGCUUUCAUUUAACGUGAAGGUCAGUAUUUAGACAAUGUUUUGUUUUUUUCACUGCACACUAAUAAAGUAAAUGUAAAGAUAUUCUUGUCUAAAAAUCUUAGCAAAUUUGGAGCUGGGGAAGAAACUGAUUGUAAAAUGCAGGCAUAAUUACAAGUCCAUUUUUAUUCACAACCUGAGACAGUUAGCAGCAUACAGUAUAGUAUAUUGUAUUUUUUUACAUCAAGUAAUACCUACUGUAUGUUCUAUAGAUUUUGCAACAGAACUUAUUUGCAAUAACAAAAUAUACAGUAAUUUUUCUGAUACUUUUCUUAUUCUGGCUAUUUCUUCCUUUCUAUACUACUUACUUACAGCCAGCAGAUUUCUACAUUGGUUAAUAAACUAAUCUGGCUACUCUGUAACCUUAAUGCCAUUAAUCCUUUAGUAAAUAACUACACAUUUCAUUCUGUUCUGAUCCUUAAAGAAGGUAGUGAUAUUUUACCAUUUUUAUUUUAUUAGGAAUAGAGAUUAGUGGUGGGAUUUUUGAAAGCAUUCAGUAUUGGCUUAACUCAGCUCGUCUUUAAGUCGGUGGUAAAAUAUUGAUUUCAGUGGGAGCAUAUUUAGGCCAGUAAUUGGUGCUUUUAAAAAUACCACUCUAGAAUUAUAUUUUUAAUCUGAAAAUGUAAAGUGAAUCAGUUACACAAAUCACACUGCUUCAUCACUGUACUGCCUGAACUAAAAAAACAUUUAAAAUGGGUAAAAUAUUAAUAAGCACAAAAAUGUGAGUGUAUUUUAGAAGUCAGAAUUAUGUAUAUUUUUAUUAGGUAAACUGGAAACAAAAUUUUUGUUAGAUGGGGUGAUUCAUGGAAAGUUGUCUUAUGCAUUUUUGUUUUUGAAUUAAUAGCUAUACAGUUUCUCAUAUAAAAAUGCACAUAAGUCAAUAUUUUUAUGACUCAAGCCCACAUUUAAUAAUAACUGAAGCAUUGUUUCUGCCUAUUAUUAAGAUAAAAGCUUUACAUUUUAAUCUUUUAUCACAAAAUUGCACUUUGCCUUGGUUUAGUUUUAAUUAUUAAAAGCUUUUUGGGUUUACUGUAUAAUAUUACCUCAAAAUUUUAAAAGCUAUUAUAUUUGCAUCCAUUUUUAAAUAAACUAGAGAACUGUCAUUGAAUUACAUUUUAUAUUUCCUGACAUUAAGUUAAAUAAUUGUAAUUUUUGUAUUUGUUAAAUGAAAGCAUUGCACAGUAUUUAUGAAAUAAGCCUCUGAUCUCCUCAUUUAACAUUGUUUGCUCAACUACAUUUUGUUUUUUGUCUUGCAAUGUAAUCCAACGAAACCUUCCCCCCCUUUUUUCUCUCUACAUUUUUUUUUGUACAUUACCUAAGGAAAUCUGGUUUGUAUACAUUUGUUCAUUACUGGGUAUCUAUUUUUAUGUAUUGAAAUUGUGCAGUCAUUAAAUCAAACAUGUUUCAGUUUCUGAGUCUGACCUAUUUAAGUGCAGUAUUUUUUCCAUUGAAACAUUUUCUUUGCACUAGCAAUUCAUAAUCUUCUAUUCAAUCUCUGCAUGUUUCAAUGAAUAAGAAAUCUUGACUUACUAAUACAGAGAUGCCCACCAAAAAGCCCUAAAAUAAUAUUCCAUAUUCUGUCUUGAACUACUAAUGUUGCAAUGCAUACCAUGCUAGAAACACAAGAAUGUAAAAUAGUGUUGAUCCCGAACCUAUUUCUCCUUAUUUCCAGGAACAAUCCUGAUCCCUCAGCUUCAGGGCUGUUCUAAUUUGUGAUGAUAGAAACUGGCUCAGAUGUUAUCAUGCUCCCACCAUAUCUCCUCUCAGUCCCACAAUGACCCCUAAACCAGGGGGGAAAUAAGGAUAAGGAGCAAGAACUAUAGAACUAGGCUCUCUGGCUUUGCGCUGCCUGAGGAUUCCUCUAUGCAGGCAUAAUCUCCAGCCAGCUGUUAAAGCCAUCUUUCCAUCCCCUUUGCACUACUUGAGUGGCACACAGGGCACAUCAGGGACCAAUAUCUAAACUAUUUAUUAUAAACGUCAGAGUUCCUUCUUAAACCAUGACUUAACUUUUAGGUCUAUAUACAAUGAAGAAAUGUUUUAUUUUCUAAAUAUGCUGUUUCUUUAUGAUCGCUUAGCCAGUAGAUAUAAAUCCUCCUUCCAGCAAAUGGAGAUGGGGGGAGCAGUUCUCUUCUGACAUCACUUUGUAGAGGGAGAGGUGGCAGAUGACUUGCCUAGCCCUAGUAUCCUGUACCUGCUUUCAUUUACCUUGCCAAAUUUGGCUUCUCAGCCCUCUCAUUGUGUCUUUCAUCUGGUGAAUGCAGGUUGUUAAUCUUCACCAUCGAAGUAGUCAUCAUAAGAAAAAUCAGAUCUUUGUUAGACUUCCUUACACUCCACUACACACACUUCCCCUGUUUUUCUGUUCUCUUUUUAUUACUUAUACCCACCUAAACCAAGGGGGCGUCCUACUAACGUAGAUCGAAAUAAUGUGAGGAAAUCAGAUCCUGUCAUAUGUUGCAAUAAAUUUAUGUUUUAUUAUUGAUAUAUUCUUCUGAGUUAUACGUACUUGAUUCAUUUUUUUUCUUUCUUUGGAUUGACACAAAAAUUGGAAGAACAAAUUAAAGGGGAGUAUGAAUACUGGCAACAUGUCUUGCAGCAUGUUAUAGGUGUUACUCAAACAUUAGCUGAAUGUGGUUUGCCUUUCCGGGGAUCAAAUGACACAUUCGGAUCAUUGCAGAAUGAACAUUUCUUGGGAUUGUUGGAGUUUGUGGCUCAGUUUGACCCAUUUUUAGCAGGCCGUAUCUCAAAAUAUGGGAAUGCUGGCAAAGGUAACCCAUCAUACUUACCCAAGACAAUAUGUGAUGAACUCAUUGGUCUAAUGAGUGACAAAGUUCGUUCAGCUAUUGUGGAUGAAAUAAGUACUGCUGGGUACUUCAGUUUAUCUGUCGACUCUUGUCACAACUAUAAAGGGAAGGAAACAGCCCUCCUGUGUACAAUACAUUAAAAUCCCUCCUGGCCAGAGACUCUAAAAUCCUUUUACCUGUAAAGGGUUAAG